UGCGACGGUCUUCGAACACCACUCAAACUUAUCCGCCCUCAGGCAUUCUCAGAUUUCCCCAGACACAUGCGCCAUGCCUGAGUGCCUCAGUAAAAAUCGGCUCACUAUUGCAGAUGCUUCUUCGUUCCCACGGAAGGCUGCCAAGCCGAGGGGGCAGCAAUGUUUCACGGGGUCUUCACUUUCUUGGAUGCUCAAUUUCAUGCGUAGAUAAAGCACUACAUGUCCCUGCGACAGUACUUCUCUCACCCCAUCUCUUCUCCAUAACAGUGUCGGUCUUGCGCCAAUCUAUUCCAUUCCCUUUCUUUCACUCUUCGCUUCAUCUCUUAGCUUUCGAGCCGGCCUCCUAGUUGAGCCUUUUCAGUCUUUGCCUUUCUAUUGAACCAUUUUAGUAGCUUGCAGCGCAGGCGUACACGUUCUUUCUCGAACAUAUUCUAAAAAACACAACAACUAGUCAUAAUGAAGUACAUCGCAACUCUAGCACUUGCUGCCGGCCUCGCCGCCGCCGAAAUGCAAGUCAUGUCUCUCGCGCCAGCAGCACCAGGAGGACCCGCGACACACACUAUCGUCGUCGGUGGACUCAAACCUGUUGCGACCGGAAUGGCACCUGUCUUGGGAUACUCGCCUGAAGCUAUCAAUGCCGCCAUUGGCGACGUUGUCAAAUUCGAAUUCAAGCAGAAGAACCAUACCGCUACCGAAUCAACCUUCGCCGAACCUUGCAAGAAGAAGGAGGGAGGUUUGGACUCCGGCUUCAUGCCCAACCCUGAGGGCAAGGCCGGUGUUGAGUGGAACAUGACCGUUGAGACUCUCGAGCCUCUUUGGUUCUACUGCAAGCAACAAAACGGUGUCCACUGCGGCAAGGGCAUGGUUUUCUCUAUCAACGCAAAGCCCGACGGUGACAAGUCAAUGUCAGCAUUCAAGCAGCUCGCCAUCAACAAGAACGGAACCGAGCAAGCACCUCUUACCACCGGAGCCCUCCAGAAUGUUGAUCCUGGAGCACAGGCCGCCCCAACCACCGUCACCAUCGAAGCCGGAGUCGGAGGUGGUGUCGCAACUGGCACUGCUCCUGGCGCACUCGCAACCGCUACUGUCGUCGCCGGCAAUGGACAGAACGCACAGGGCCAGGCCUGCGCGUGCCAGUGUCUCUGCGGCAUGAACUCUUUCCCCGCGCAAGCCGCUGUCAACAACUUCGGAGGAUUUGCCGGCAUGAUCCCUGCUGCUUAAAGGGUCGCUCGAGUCAAAAAGGGAUGGAUGCAUGGACACUGGAAGAUAGUAAUAGCUUCCGUGUAGCACUAUCGAGCGUCGUAGUAGGAUGGGGAGGUUUUCUUGGUUCUUUUGAUGAUCGGGUUUGAUGCUGCUAAUUGCGCAUCUUGACGAAAGGAGCCCUUUAUACCAUUUUAUUGUUGCCACUUCUUUUCCGGCGUUGAAGCAUUAUACCGUAAUCCACAUGCCUCUAUGCAGGUGACAAUGUGGUAGUGUUGUGUACAAUUAAACUUAGAAUCUUGAAUGCAAAGACUCAAAAAAGAUCAAUGUUCAAACAAUCUACAUCUGUGUUUAGCAUAUAGAGAAGUGUG